AUGCAUUAUAACGGCAGAGAAGAAGAAAAAGAAAUAAGCAAAAUCCUUCUCUUUUUUCUUCUUUGCUUUUUCUUAACCUUCUUCUUUGUGCUUCUUUUUAUUCUUCUUUUUCAUUGCCUUCUUUGCUUAAUUCUUUUGUACUUUCUUUUCUUGUUCUUUUUCUUUGCUUUCUUCUUUUUUGCUUCUUUUUCUUUGACUGCUUUUUCUUCUUCCUUUGUGUUUUUUUUCUUUGCCUUCUUUGUUUUCUCCUUUUGUUUUUCUGUUUGUGCUUCUUUUACUUCUUUUUCUUUGUCUUCUUCCUUUGUGCUUCUUUUGUUCUUUUUCUUUGCUUUCUUCUUUUGUCUUUUUUUCUUCUAUUUUUGCUUUCUUCUUUUGUGCUUCUUUUUUAUUGUUUUCUUUCCUUUUGCCUUCUUCUCCUGUGUUUCUUUUUCUUCUUCUUUUUCUUUGCUUUCUUCUUUUGUGUUUUUUCUUCAUUGCUUUUUCUUUGCCUUAUCUGCCUUCUUUUUUCUUUGUCUUUUUGAUUAUUUUUGUGCUUCUUUUUCUUCUUUAUUGGUUUUUCUUUGCCUCGGCUUUCUUUUUUCCUCUUCUCAGCAAUAA